AUGGCAUCAAGCCUGGCCGUGGAGCCAACGUCCCCCCUGGUGACUGUGACGAGCCCUGACGCAGCUGAGACCACGGCCACCGACAAAACCACCCUCUCCACCGGGGUCACCAUGGAAGAGGUCCCGCGUGCCUUGAGCGCAGGGAGCAUUGUGGCCAUAACUGUGACGGUCAUCGUGGUGGUGGUACUAGUUUUCGGGGCAGCGGCAUACCUCAAGAUCAGGCACUCCUCCUACGGCAGGCUUUUGGAUGACCACGACUACGGCUCCUGGGGCAACUACAACAACCCUCUCUACGACGACUCCUAG